ACCCAAGAGGAUUUGUCCUUCUAAAUAUCACACUGUACCAUUUUGGAUUGGAAGAUACAACAUCUCCAGGGACAGAAAGGAAAACCUACAAACAAAAAAAUCAUCAAGAUGAGUUACCAGAGAGCUCCUGAAGACCCUUAUCCUCCUCCUGGGUACGCCUCACCUUAUUCAGCACCACCCCCGCCAGGGUUCCCUUCAGCGCCACCAGUGCCGCCUCUGCCACCGUACGAAGGCUAUCCACCGCCGCCACCAGGAUAUCCAGCUUAUCCUCAGCCGCCACGCCAGCCGUACGAAGGGUACCAAGGGUAUUUUGCAGAAGGGUAUCCACCACCUCAGCCUCCACCACCUCCAGGUCAUCCUCAGUAUCAACACUGCCACCACUAUGAGCAUUACCAUUACCAGAACCAAUCUGAUGCUGGCUGCUUCUCUUUCCUACAAGGCUGUUUGGCUGCUCUAUGUUGCUGCUGCAUGUUGGAGGAGUGCUGCUGCUUCUUAUGACAAUCCAUGAAGAAUGUGGGGGAGAAAUGCUGCUUAUAAUGAGUUCUACAUUGUAGUUUUAUGGCGGUUGUUACUGUUCUAUAAAUAGUCGUAUGCUUGUAUGGAUUCCAUGCCUAUCCGAUUUAAUGGUUUAUCUACUCAAACUUUGUAAACAGAAGUUUGCAUUAUAAAUACAUCUCUCGGUUCUCCUUGUGUAUCAAUUAUUUGUAUCUUUUGCUU